GUUCCACUAUAUGUACCUAAUAUAUAGCCUACUAGACUAUGAGUGGCAUGGUAACCGAGUAGGCACGUUGGUAGCAGUCUUUAAUGAUACCUAAGUACUGGUAUAAACAAGCUAUAGUGACUUGCAGUCGUGUUUAGAAGACACUACGGGACAUACAUACCUACGACGACAUACCAUGUAGCUAUUUUACGUCAGUACAAUGGUACAUGUGCACGCAACUGCCACUCAAACCCUGCACAAACUUCACCUGCCACAUCCCCCAUGCCUUUAGCUUCUUUCUUCCUUCAACUUCUUUUCCCACUUCUGCACUCAAUUCUAUCUUCAAUUCGAGAUGGCAGAACCUUGGGAGAAUACCGAGUUGUGCGAAGGCUAUGUCUCGCUCAAACGACCUGAGAUCGCAGCUUAUCCUGCUGCGAUGAUAGGGAGGCUUCGAUGCCAGAGGCCGUGGCAUGGCAAGAUUCUAUUGCCGUCGGAGGUGAAAGAGCCACGAGAGGAGAAUCCAGAUUAUCUGGAAAGCGACGAUCUUGAUUGCCUGAUCAUUUUAUUCAGGAUGCUGACCGGCUCAAAUUUUAGUCAGGCAAACAUCAAAAAUGUCCUCGUCACAUGUGCGAUGCAUGACUUUGGCUACGAUCGUCACGCGGACUACCAAGUCAAGGGAAUGCUUGUGUCUAGGCUGUUUCCCGAAUAUCUCCACGACAAGCAGAUCCUACAGUCCAAGUUGACUUUUCAAAAUCUGUUCCAACAUGAAGCCGUGAGGAAGCUGAUCCUGGCGGCUCCAUGUUUCGAGUUGAAGGAUCGUCGACUUCUCCUCAGCGACGUAAACACCCCUUCUUCCUUCGAUGAAAUGGAAAUCUGCCCCCGUGAAGACUUAAUCGAUACACAGGAAGUCAAAUGGGAUGGCAUUUCGACCCUGGAACAAGCAGUCUCGGAGCAAUCAUUCUAUUGCGACCCGAAGGCCAAGAAUGGUACUAUGAUCGCUCGACGAUACUGUACCCUCCCAUUGUUUAUCCGAGUCAUGUUUACUCCUGACAAGGAUCACCCAAGACGAUUUAAAGAUGUCCAACGAUUCCAGCUAAAAACUGAGUAUAUACAAACAACCGACGAUUGUUCUAUGAAAGUCGUCAUGUCGGACAUUAGAUACCACCUUUUCAUGGUAGUCAAGCUGGAUCCACGAAACAUUUCACCAAAUUCAGCCGAGAUACGAGUAUAUGACAUUGGUGGCCAAAUGCUUGUGCCCAGACUUGAAAGCAAGAUCGAUCAUCGAGAUCUUGUAGGGGAAAAGCUUAAACCAGACAGCAUGUGGUCAGUGGGAGACCCCUCUCUCAACUUCAUGUUGUUCUAUAAGAAAUGGUCUCCUUUGCCAGAAGAGCGUCAUCGGGCGAGAUACUGCCUGGCCGAGCAUCGACCACUAUCUCCGAUACGCCCAGGUGAAUUACCAGGACGAGAACCAUCUGUACCACCGGAACCUGAAUCGGCAAAAGAUAACACAAUAGACGGUCGCUAUAAUCAUGAUGCGCCUCCUGAUCCCGUUACUGAUAGGGGAGAUAGGCAGUUGACGACGGCUACCGGUCGUGUAACGCUGUCUGGGUCACCAGCUAGUAUGAUCGGGGUGCUUCAGAGACUACAACUACCACCGGAUGAGAUGAUCGAAGUGUUUAUCAGAGACACGCCAAAUGAGCGCACACCAGCAGGAAAUCAGAGAAGUCGUAACACCAGAGGCAAUCGCAAUAAUGCACCAACCAAUUAGGUCAUUAUACACUCGAGUGUUAGUAACCGUGCUCAGCAUGUGACUUAACGAUCACUCAUCUUCUAAGCGUAAUACACACAAAUCGAGCUUUAGCCGGAAGGUGUUAUGGCCUAUAGCAGGCGAGAAGGAUGGGGGAUGCAUUGAGCAUGGAUUUGAGGGCACCAAUUGAGCUACCGUGAUCA